AUGUGCAUCCAUCGUAGCACUCGCUAUUGGGGCCCCGAUGUAGACGAAUUCAAGCCUGAACGCUUCCUACCCGAAAACGCAGACGAGCUUCAUGCUAAUGCAUGGCGACCAUUCGAAAGGGGACCAAGGAACUGUAUCGGUCAAGAGCUGGCUCUCAUUGAGAUGAAGGUCGUACUCGCGAUGACAAUACGAGAGUUCGAAGUUAGAUCUGUCUUCGAAGAGCUUGAGACGCUUAGUACAGACGGAACGUUGUGGGCAAAAGAAGCGAGCUUCCGCAAAGGACCACAAGAGGCCUUUGGUGAUCCGAUGUAUCAAGUUUUGCUUGCGGCUGGAAAACCACGGGAGGGUCACCCAGUGAGGGUCAACAGGAGGAAAAUGGACAUCUGA